AUCUUACUCUUUAGCAAAACAAAGGAAACUAUUUUUGUUUUUCUCUUUUAUGUGGAAAUUAUUACUUUUACUGCGUUCUGCACGGACAGAGAACUAGGAAUUGUUUUAAUAUCUGUGGCCACAAAACACAAAACACUCACAAGAUACAGCAACAACUGAUAAUUGCAGCUGGCAAACGUAUUGAUGUGCUUUGGUACAAUAGGUACACACUGUUCAUUGUCAGCUGCUGUUUUCAUUUCGUUUGGUGUGUGCACACUGGCCAAGUGAUAUAACCUAGCGAAGCAGAUUGCAUUUGGAUGCGGAUUAAAGUUGUAAUUUAUGAAUAAACUAUUAAAUAUAGCAAACGGUGUGCCACGCCAAUUUGUGCGUGACUAUGCCUUCAAGUCAGAUCUGAAAAUCAAAUGGGUGAGACCGGAGAAGAUUUCAUGCAUCAGGCCGGAGAAGAGCGGCGAUCUCGCCAAGUUGCCAGCCCUGAGUGCCAAUGAGCUUCUGCCGGGUUACAAGGAUUCCAAAGAGCUGGAGAGUGCCGAUGAAACAGUGCUAUCGCUGUUCAAGUUGAGCAACAAUCCGAAUCAUUUGACCACACGCUAUUACCGCGAUCAAAUGAUCAAGGAGGUGCAGCGUCAUGCCCAGGACUAUGGCUCCAUGGAGGCGAAAUUGGCCAAGAUGACAGCAUCUAUACGACGCUAUCAGGAGCAUAUGGAGGCGCAUCCACGCGACAAAAUGAUCAAAGUGCGACUAAAGGAGCUGAUCGAUAAGCGCAAAAAGUUUCUGAAAUACCUGAGACGCUGGGAUUAUCCGCGCUUCGAGUGGAUAUUGGAGAAACUGGAUUUGGUCUAUAAACCACCGCCAGCGCAUUUCCAUUGGAUAACGCGCAAGGAGUCGCUGCAGAAGCUAACCGACAUCUACUGCGAGAAGAUCAAGGAGGAGCGCCUAGAAGCGUAUCACAAAGAGCUGCAGGCUCAGCAAAUACCGUAUCUGGAGGAUGCCAUCAAGAAGAUGGUAUUCGUGCGACAGGAGCAGAUCGAUUGCGAUGUGCCCGUGACUGUGACGGAGCAGCAAAUCGAGAAUGCGCGGCAGGAGCUGGCACAACUGAAGCAGCUGCGUGAAGCGGAGGCAGCCGCAACACGCAAACAAUCGGAUGAAACUUUCCAUUGAUCCCUUAAAGGCUGCAUUGCAAUAAAAUCGUUGGGUGACUUUCUUAAAUAA